UCUCAUCGCCACGGCGCCUCUGACCGAUACGCAAUUGUCAGUGCCGCGCCAACCGCCGCGCCGAGUGAACGUCCAGGAGUGUUGCUCUUGCGCGCACCGUCCGUCCGCGCACCGAAUAUACCACUCGUGAAUCGGAGCCGCUAUUCGGAAAACAGCAGCUGCAGCGGAUUCUUCUCUCAGCUGAGCGACGUCGUACUCUUUGAUGCGAGUGACGGAAAGCCAAAGUGCCCCGAAGAAACGCAGACGUCUGAUAAAAAAAAAAAAUAAUAAAGAGGAGUUUAAAGUUUAAAGUGCUGGAGCGAAAUUGACGGCUCGCGCGCGCGGACGAACGCGCGAUCUCUACGCUCGUUAGUGGACAUUGCGAGGAAUUGACGAGCGUAUCGAACUCUCUCUCUUUCUCUCUUUCUCUCUCUUGUAUAUGCUACGAAUAUAAAGUACAAAAGAGGCGGCGAGCUCGCCGCGUGGAACUCCAGUGCAAGUUCGCGGAUGAACGCUCCGUGCGAUCUGGGAAUCCAUGUAAAAGUGUGGCCUUGCCUGCGGAUCUCCGAUGCCGCUGUCAUCGUGUCACGGGCUUUCCUCGUACUCGCAGUAGCCAAGCACGGCGACGAGGUCUGGGAUAUAAACAAGCGAAUCACGUAAUCGACGUGCCAUCAUCGGCGCGAGUGGGAUGCAGCGAUUUUAAUUCCCCGCGCGUGAGAGAGCGCCGCGCGCCAUCGAUCUACGCCGCACGCCGCGGCUGUACUUAGAGAGAGGCGCAAGGGCGCCUCUUGAGACCGAUUCCCGUUCGACAAAGAUGAGAAGGUCACGAUGCUGAGACCCGGAUCCGUAUUGGGCCUGCUGGCCCUCGUGGCCGUGUUGAAGAUCGCGGACUCGAAUCGCUGUCUGACAAUGCUGGAAGAGGUAAAUCCAAAGAGAGUGAUCCAUCACGAGGGUCAAUUCUUGAAUAUUACCUUCGAGGUGUCGAGAAGACUGACACACAGGUUGGUGUCAGAGGUCAUGAAGAUCUUUCUGACCGAAGUAUUGGGCUAUACCGGAGUCGAUAUUGUCAAGAAGAAUGACCACUUCAAUGCGUCCGAAGUUUUCGAGAGACUGUCCGAAAGGCCAACAUAUUCCGAGUACAAAAUAUUUCCAGAAACCAUGGUGAACAUGGAAGUGUGGAUUCCGCCGCAGCAGGACACGUCGCCGCUGCUGAGCAAAUACGACGUGAAGGAAUGCGGCUCGAUAGCGCCACCGGGUCACUUCGGCUGGUUCGUUCCGACAGAAUUGGCCAGGCCCGAUGACAGUUGGCUGGUCUUCACCAGGCUGGAGACUGCUAGCAGGUUCGCCAUCGACGGGGUGAACCUGCAGAUGGUCAAAAAUCACAUGAAAAAUGAGAAUAUGACGGAGUACUACUGCCACGAGGCCUUUUGCCAGGACGGGAUGUACAUCCCGGAACGAUGUCGCGACCGAGGCCAGCAAAGGCCGCCGAAUUGCGCGCUGCUGCUAGCCGCAUACCCUGACGAAACUCGUUUCGUAAAAGAACAUAUCGAUCAGAUGAAGCUCUACGUCAAGGUGGCAUGGGUGGGUCCGAAUCUCGGCUAUCUAACCCGUAAGUUGCUUGGAACAUACGAGCACACACUCCACGCACGGAACUCAUCGGCUUUCAUCGAGAACAGAUCACUGGUGAUCCUGCACUAUACACCCAGUAGAGUGAACCCGAGUGAAAGAUAUUUUACAACGAUCGAAUUUCCACGUUGCGAAAGUUAUUUUGGAACGAAAGAAGGUUCGAUCGGUUGCGCGUACGAGUCGAAGAGACUGACGAAGCUGGUGUGGAGUAGGUUGGAAACAAUCGCAAAGAUCGCCUUCCAGGCGAUAACUCGUGCCAAGUUUAAUGGACAGAUGUACGAGAAUUUGAUCUACCGUCAUUCUCAUAAUUUAUCGGACGAACAAGUCGCAUGCGAUUGGUUGAAAGAUAAUCUGAACUAUACCCUAGCAGAAUGGAAGCCCAAUAACGACGACAAGAACACCCUCUUCGUGGGUGGUAUAUUUCCUAUGAGCGGUAACUCCUACAUGGCCAAGUCAAUUGUGAUUGCUGCUAAGAUGGCGAAAGAAAUCAUCAACAUUAACAAUACCCUGCUGAGAGAUUAUAACUUGACUCUGUUAGCCAGUGACGGCCAGUGCAAGUCGGACAUGGUGAUGAAGUCCUUUAUCGACUAUAUCAUACAUAAUUAUUAUCAGAAGUUGGUUGGCGUGUUGGGGCCGGCUUGCUCGGAAACCGUGGAGCCAUUGGUCGGUGUGUCGAAACAUUACAGGACGGUGAUCAUCAGCUACAGCGCCGAAGGAUCCAGCUUCGACGAUCGCACCAAGUAUCCGUAUUUCUUCAGGACCAUUGGCGAGAACAAGCAGUACAAACAUGUCUAUGUGCAGCUCUUGCAGAGGCUAGGUUGGCAUCGAGUGGCUUCACUGACGGAGGAUGGACAAAAGUACACCGAGUAUAUAUCGUAUAUGCAGGACAUGCUCAGGGACAAUAGCAUUGAUUUCGUGGCGAACGUCAAGUUUCCGAGGGAGCGAGAAGCUGACAUGAUGACGAAAUAUUUGCAAGAUUUGAAAGAAAAAAGAGCAAAAAUUAUUAUCGCAGACGUAUACGGCGAGGUAGCUCGUCAAGUCAUGUGCGAAGCAUAUAAACUGGAGAUGACAGCUGUCCAGGGUUACGUCUGGUUCCUUCCGCUUUGGCUCCGGUCGCAAUGGUACGAUACCGAUUACUAUAAUGAAAAAGGCGAGCAGGUAGCCUGCACCACGAGCGAAAUGAUGAAGGCCAUAAACGGACAUCUCGGUCUGUCGCACGCGUACUUCGCUCGGGACGACGAUAUAAUGCAGGAGGGAAUCACUGUACGCGAGUGGCGUGAACGUUACGAGAACAUCUGCCGAGCGCAGAAUCAGCAACCCUCUAACUACGCCGGUUACGCCUACGACGCCAUGUGGACUUACGCUUAUGCCAUAGAUCGGCUUAUCCAUGAGAACCAGAGUUAUGUGUUCGAUCUUCAUAGCGACCAUACGGUCAAUCGCCUCACGCAUAUUAUCAGCGAAACCGAUUUUUAUGGGGUAUCCGGAAGAAUAAAGUUUCUGGGUGGACCAUCGAGAUACUCUGUUAUCAAUAUUGUCCAGUUCAUCGAUAAUGAAACGCAUAUUGUUGGUAACUUUUAUCCGAAUAUCUCGGAAGCCAAGCACGAAGUAAUGGGCGGCGUUUUGGACUUGAAUAUUUCGUCUUUCGUUUGGUUAUCGGAGUCGAUGCCUGAUGACGGUUCUGAGCCUCCGUCGAGAUGUGUCCUAGGAGGAUUGGCGGAACUGCUCGAUGUUUCUUGCGAAGUAGCGAUUGUAAUCGCUAAUAUUAUAGGCUUUGGCCUCCUCGGAGCAGUUUUGAUCGUCAGCUUUAUCAUCAUUAAACGAAAUUACGACAAAAAAAUGCAGAUCCACGAAAAGUACAUGAAGUCCCUGGGUAUCCUGUCACAGAUGGAUACAUCCAGUUUAGACGUAUGGGAAAUUCCUCGAGAUAGAGUAGUGAUUAAUCGAAAACUUGGAGAGGGAGCCUUCGGUACCGUUUACGGUGGUGAAGCUUUCUUCCCUGAGAAGGGCUGGCUAGCUGUCGCCGUGAAGACCCUGAAAGUCGGUAGCUCGACCGACGAGAAACUCGAUUUUCUCAGCGAGGUCGAGGUCAUGAAGAAAUUCGAACAUUCGAAUAUCAUCAAGUUAUUAGGCGUGUGCAUAAAGUGCGAGCCUGUGUUGACCGUGAUGGAAUUCAUGCUUUAUGGCGACUUGAAAACCUAUCUGUUGGCCAGAAGACAUCUGGUCAACGAUCGAAGCUACGAAGAUUCCGACGAGAUCUCGAAUAAAAAAUUGACCGCCAUGGCGUUAGACGUCGCCAGAGCGCUUAGCUAUUUAGCGCAAUUAAAAUACGUCCACAGGGAUGUCGCCUCGCGCAAUUGUCUGAUAAACGCCCAGCGGGUGGUGAAACUCGGUGACUUCGGUAUGACAAGGCCAAUGUACGAAAACGACUAUUACAAAUUCAAUCGAAAAGGCAUGCUGCCGGUAAGAUGGAUGUCUCCGGAAUCGCUGGCACUAGGCAUUUUCACGCCAGCGUCUGACGUCUGGUCUUACGGCGUACUGCUCUACGAGAUCGUUACAUUCGGUAGCUUUCCUUUCCAAGGGAUGAGCAAUAAUGAAGUACUCACGCACGUGAAGGCUGGCAAUUGUCUCACCGCGCCGAAAAAAAUAAAAAUGCAGCUCGAGAAUUUAAUGUAUUCCUGUUGGAACGUGGACCACACAAAGAGGCCAUCGGCACCGGAGAUAGUUGAUUUCCUGGCAAUGAAUCCUCGCAUCAUCGCGCCUUGUCUGGACGUGCCCCUGUCAAGCGUGCAAUUAGAGCACACUGCGCAACUCGAUAUACAGCUAUCGGAGAAUAGUCGGAAAUUUUCCAUUUUGUGGCCACAGCGUUCAUCUUCGCAAUCGCAAGGAGUAAAGUUUCCUGAAGUCUCGCCGACUCCGCUUCUGCUGGACUUGAACGGGCAGGACGAUGAUCAGACUUUGGAUUCCCUGAUCAGCCAGUCUUGCGAGCAGGACAGCUCUAGUCCUCUGCUGGAUUCCACGAGAGCCUCGCUCUUGAAGCAAGGGUGGCUUCAUCCGAAUUCCAAAGACAAAGAACCUCACAAGUACGUCAAUCUUCAACCGAAUAUGUUGAAAUUGUCUAUCGAACCCGGCAGAAACGGUAGCGCCGGAAAUAUCCAGAUGGAAGAAAGAACGUCCAUGUUAUCCGAGAAGAAGAGCACCGAUGAUGUGUCAAUGCUCUGACGCAAGUAGACAAUUUUAUGAAGAAAUUGGGAACUAGUCAGAUGCGGGGUACGUUUAAUUAAAGAGAAAUGACUCUAUAAAAUCAAGGUCAGAAUCUACAAAGAUGGUGAUCAUUCCGAGUUGAAGUAAGGAAGUCAACAAACACAUAAGCGAUUUCAAAGUAUUCGCCUUCGUCGUAUGUAAUCACCAAGAUCAUACUAAAGGAUUCUUUAAGUCAAGAGAGAAUUGCUCUCUCUGACGUGGCAUUUUAAUCAACUAGCCAGAUAUUCCUCUGAAUUUUCUAUGGUGGAGAAACUAAGACGAUCUUUUUUUUUUUUUUUUAACGCGGGGAAAUUUUCUGCUACCAGUCGUGACCGAUAGUCCCCUCUAAUGGGAGGGGGAAGACUUCCUCGC